AUGCAUUUUACACACAUAUUAACGACCGCCGGGUUCCUCAGCCUCGGCGAGUGUCUUUCCACCACCGGCAGACCUCGGACCGACGCGCGCAAUGCCCGUGAGAUAACAAGGAGAGAAACCGCGACGAACCUCCCCAACAUCGGGUACGGUAUCUACCCUGAAGGCACAAGAUACGGCAAAUUGCGCGAUGCCCUGGCGGGCGCGAACGACCUCAUGAAGGCUGCUGUGGAAGACACCGAGUUGAACAGGCAUAUAUUCGCGACAUACUUCGACCCGGAUUGGUGGGAUGUCGCCAUGGAAAUGUUCAAGCGUUUACUCGGCAAUGACUUGAAUGGCGCGCCCGAAAUGGCCAACAUUGAAGUCGCCUGGGACCAGCCUCGGAUCAACCAAAUCAAUGCUACCUGGGACUCCUGGCUUGACGACGCUGCUCCGGAAAACGACAGAGACCCGAACAGACCGGUCCUGGUGAUCGGCGACCUGGUCUGGGAGCGUCCGAACUCGCGAGCACUCCAACAAGGGAACGAAUCGCAAACACGCUGCCUCAGCUUGCAAGGUCCCGAGCUAUACGCGCACGAGGCCGCCCUUCUCGAGACGGUUCUGAUACGGCAGUAUUUCCACUGGAAGCUCUUGAUGGCCGACGUCACCGGUUGCAUGGAAGUCGUGGACAAGGAGGAUGACGCCCGCCCGGCUGCGACUGAGCAUCAGCUGGAUAAAUCAAGAGCGAGAUAUGAUGCUCCUAGCUAUUCUUGGUAUGCCACGGCGGUGUUCUGGGCCAGACUCUGCCAGGGUGAGGUUGGACUCGAACAGAAGAUAGGGGUACCGGUACCACAAGUGCCACUAGACAGCGUUACUUCUUGA